AAAAAUAAAUGAAUGUGUUUUCCAUUUAAUCUCAUGGAUUUGUUGACAAGCAACUGCCACUAACCCACCCUCUAACGUUUGUCAUGUCCAUUAUAUGCAGUAUUUAUGUACCCACCAUAUCUCUGAUGUAGUUCAAGUUGUUAGGAUCUCUUCUCGAUCUAAUUGAAACUACUACCCAUUUUAUCAAGCUUUAAUUUAACUCUGCUCCAUGAAUGCAGGUUUGGUGAUGCUGAUUUGCCAAUUGAUGAUAUUGCUGCAGCUUUUCUUCUGGUCUACUUUGGUGUUUCAACAUUGCUUGAAGCCUCCUCGGGUGAUCGUCAAAAGACUGAAGAAGAACAAAAGGAGGUGCAGUUUUUACUAAUAGAAUGCUAUGAGGCGUCCAUAUAGUCCUUCCAAGAUACAUAUAAAAUCAGCAGAAUUGGCAGUUUCAGAAUUUUCAGGAAAUGGAGCUGGAAUUUUGGCUGUUGCUAGCACCGUCAUUAGCACUUUCCUUCUUGUUUUUGUUGCUGAAUGGGGUGAUAAGUCAUUCUUUUCCACGAUAGCACUUGCAGCAGCCUCUUCACCUCUUGGAGUUGUUGGAGGGGCAUUAGCCGGUCAUGGAGUGGCAACAUUGCUGGCUGUUCUUGGUGGCUCCUUAAUGGGGACUUUCCUAUCGGAGAAGGUUAUAGCCUACAUUGGCGGUACUCUCUUCCUUGUAUUUGCAGUGGUGACAUUGAUUGAGAUAGUGAGUUAGGAAGCAGCCAUUUUUCGCUGCACUGCUGAUUCGUGG